UGCCUUAGUUUUUCUCUACAUUUUCGUUGACUUCCCUGAAGCACUUUGCAUGAACACGCAGUGAACUCCCAUAUUUUAUACUCCGCGAUCAUUGUCUGAACCUCUCGAUUCUGCCCAAUGACAGCAGGAGUGACGCGGCGCAGGCAGGCAGUGUCGCGGCGUGAAAACUUUUCGCCAUGAGCACUGGGACCUUCACCAUCAAGGUGGCGGCAGAACAGUGGGUGCCCUGGACGAAGGUCACGUCAGAGCCAGACGGCGGCAUCACUCUGGGGGGACCCACCGGGAAACUCAUGGAAGUUCUAGCACAGAUUAUGAUGUUUGAAUAUGUGUUGGUGAGGCCUCCUGACGGGCUGUGGGGAGCCGAGCAGCCUGACAAGAGCUGGUCUGGCAUGAUGGGCAUGGUGCACCGAGAGGAGGUGGAGUUCGCCUUGGGCCCAUUCACCAUCACACCGCAGCGGGAGGCUGUGAGUGACUUCGCCAUCCCACUGGCCAGCGAGAACCAGGCAAUCAUCAUGCAGAGGCCACGGCAGGAGACGGACAUGGGGGGCUUUCUGAAGGCCUUCACGAUGGAGGUGUGGCUCCUGAUGGCGCUGAGUAUGGCGGCGAUGAGCUCCGCCACCAUCCUGUUGGUGCUGGCAGAGAGUCGCUUGUUUGGCUGCGUCAUCAAAAACAUCACAUCCCACACCAUGCUUUGGGUGCUGAAGGCGCUCACACAAGAAGGCGAGUUAAGAUGAAUUAUUGACCAGUGCGAGCAACAACUUCGAGAGAAACAAGCAGGGUGACUUUUCCACCACGCAAGUUUUCUGAUCGCGAAAGGUCCUGAAUGCACUGUGAAUCAAAGUUUUCGAAAGUGUGAUACAUUUGAAUGCAAUGUGCCAGGCAACAGACGAGCAUCUUGUGCGAGUUUUACGCAACUAAACAGCCCAGACCAGUGUGGCGAAGUCCUGGCCUCUUGAAGGACUAUCUUGGGGGUGAGCGAGGAGUCUGAGUAGUAUAUAGGGCGUUUUACAUAUGCACAAAAAAGAUGGUGAUGAAAUACUAACUCACGUUAGAAAUGACUGUAGAAGUUUCCCUAACCGAUUACGAAU